GCGAUCUUGUCCUCGACCCUCAUCAUCUCACCAAUUCCCUUUCGCAUCUGCAACCAUAUCCCAGGCCCCUCUGACUUGGUACUUGUUGCUCAGGCUAGGCCGCGAAGGCCAGAUUCCGCCUCGUCCUGCUGCGCAGUGCGAACCGCUCUACGGGCAUCCGAUACACAACUUCCCCCUGCUUUAGCCUACAAUGUCUGCUACGACCAUAUUCGAACAUGCUUCCAUCUUAUGCAUAAGAGGGGGAUUCUUCCUUGGGUGCCGCAGAUACCUCCUUCAUAGUCUAUACGCCGAUCUGCAAGACCUAUCCCUACCUUCUGUUCCGGCUACUGAUGCAGCGCCAAAGUCCCCCGAGAUCGAGCUGGAGUCACUUCCCAUGCCGUCCGGCGCGCCAGCGCAGCAGUCGACGCGAUCGACGCUGCACUCGACAGUGUCGCGCAACAUCUUCGCGCUAUGCUUCUCCGAGACGUGCACGAUGUUCUUCCUUCUCAUGUUUCAAGGGCUGAGCAUAUUCCAACCAAGCGUCCGACUCCUACAAUGGCAGAUCUCCCUCGCGCUCCUGCUCACGACCAUUAUCCUCAUUAUCCCAUCCUCAAUAAGUCUCGUCCUCUCCGUCGGUGCCACCACCCGUGACGCGUCGCCCUCGCGCAUCUGCGGUCCCCGCCUCCUUCUCAACCUCAUCCCCGUAAUCCUCUACCUCUUCGCGCUCUCCUAUAUCCCCCUUCCCGCCGCCCUCGCCUCGUCCGGCUUCUCUGCCUCGGUCCUCGCGCGCCUUGUCGUCCUCGGCACUACCAUCCUCGGCCUACUCUCGGGCUUUGGAGCCAUCAGCACGGCGUGGCCGUACCUACCUUUCGUCAGCAGGAAGAAGAGCCUGCCGACAGAGCAGGAUCUACGGCAGGCGGAGCAUAGCUUGGAUCGCAUACGGGCGGAUUUGGCGACGCUGAAUGGCGAAAUCACGAGAACGUCGGCCAGCUCGACAGAUGGAUCGUGGAUAUCGAGGGUAGCGACGAACUUUAGGGGUGGGGAUGGAAGAGCACAAGAGCUGAAGGGUCUUCGUGCUCUCGAGGCGGAGAUGAGCCGCAACUACGAUGACCUGACGCGGCGCUUUCACGAGCACGCGUACAGGCGCACGUUCCGUGGGCGAGUUGCUGCCGUGGUUGGGCGCCUAUUUGCGGUAUACUGUGUGGUGCGGGUAGUCAGCUCUGCCGUUCACCUCCUCUUUCCGAGCAAUGCUGGAUACAAUACGACGACGUCAGACCUGCUUACGGACCUCCUUGCGUACUCGCUUUCUAUCGUGUCGCGGGAAGAGGUGAUAGCGCGAGAUGAUGUUGCACUUAUUUCGAGGCAAAUCAGUCUAGCUCUGGUCGGCGUGAUCAUCUUGACGAGUUUGAGGCUGGUGCUUCGCGGAGUGACGAGGGCUCUGCAAGUAACAAGUCGAAACUUGGGCGCGUCGCUCAUGCUGCUGAUGCUCGCUGAGCUCAUGGGCAUCUACCUACUCUCCACCAUCGUACAACUGCGAACCUCCUUCCCGCCAGGAAACGCGGAGGCCAAUCUCUUCUCGACAAUCCCAGCGUACGAGGUCUUUGGCCCUCUGUUCGACUUGUCCUUCUUGGCAUCGACAGCUGCAUCUGUCUUUGUGCGCUGGACGGCAGAUAAGGUGGAUGUGUUGGGGAGGUGACCGCGAUAAGGUUACGUCGGAGAGAUUAUUGGACUGGGCAGGAGGUGGCUGGGUAGUUUCUGUACAAUCCCCUGCGCUAUGGACGCUCUUCAGACAGUCGAUAAUCGCUUGAACGCCUAAAGCAUUUCGGAAAUUGCCGCUCAUCUCGAGCAUGUGAUUGUG